AUGAGUAAAAAUUCUAGCCCUGUAAUAAAAGAAUUGUGGGUAAUCAGCUCUUUUACCUUGAUGGUUGAAAUCUGGUUUUUGAGAAAUGAUGUCUACUAUGAUGAUGAAAAGCCUGAUGCUAAUAAACUGCAACUUAAGAUGAAAAGAAGGGUCCAUGACUGUGAAUGUAGACUGAAAGGUAAUAUGUGGGGAUCCAGUUAUAAAAGGGAUAUACUGCAGUUCUUUCUUACCCAGAUGAGAAGAAUGAAGCAAGUUAGAAUUAUUGAAAUCUUCUUUCAUCUGCCAAAUGAGGAUGAAUUGUUAUUAUGCUGUGAUGGAGCCUUUAGAGGAAACCCAGGUAAUGCAGGCUAUGGUUUUGUAUCCAGAAACCACAGUGGUAUGUUUGUUUUUGUAGAAUCUGGAGGUCUGGGAGUUACUUCCAACUAUGUUGCAGAAUAUAUAGCUAAUAUUAGAGAUAUGGAAUGGGCUGUUGAAAACCAGCAUUUCAAACUAAUUAUACAAUCUGAUUCCAAAGCUUGUAUCACCUCUCUGAAGCAGGACAAGAUUCCAUGGUUUCUUUUGGCUAGAUGGCAGAGAAUUCUCUCAUAUUCCCCUACAAUAUCCUACAGACAUGUCUAUAGAGAAAUCAACUUCUCAGCUGAACAUUUUGCUAAAGAAAGUGUGCAUCUUCAGAAGGGUCAAAGGCUCACAUUCAUUGACAAACCUAGCAGCUUGCCCAGACUUGAGUUCCCUGAUCAACCAUAUUAUAGAUUGACUUAG